UAUACAAAAAGCAUAUAUGCCUACAUACAUACAUACAAUGGGGUCACUGUACUACCAGCAGCUGAACAGCAGAAUACCGCUGAGCUGCCGCAGUUGCCGCCAGCAGACGUCAGCCAAGUAAAAUUGCGGUCCUAAUCGUGCCGAAGCAACAGAAGAAUAAUUUACAGCACUGUUUUUAACGGCAGCAUAAGUAUGUGUUCUAGUAUCUCUCUAUACACUCCGUGCACCAUUGUGUAUGUUGAGUUCUGUAAAGGCAAAGUUUCCAUUCUGUGCUUCUGCAACAUAACACUCAACUGCAACAACGUGUUGUUACUUCUUCGCUCUUUAUUAUGUAUGUGACUUAUCUGAAGCAAUUUUACCUGUGAUUUAAGCAUGUUAUUUACUACAUACAUAUAUAGCAUAUGUACAUACAUAUGUAUGUAGGUUUAUAGAUGCAUGCAUAAGUAUGUAUGAAUGUAGAUGCUACUGGUUCUAAUUACAUUUCGGUUUUUCUAAUCGCUACAGACACUUUAAAUUUGCAUAUAUGCACGUAUUUAAUAUUCGUACAUAUUUGUAUAUACGUCGUUAUAUACAUACUUACAUACAUAUGUACAUAAGUAAAUUAGUAAAAUCGAUCAAGGAGUUUAUCAAUAUUUUGUUUAAAUUAGUGCGGAUGGAAAUUCUUUCGUAUUACUGUCAGUACAUACAUAUGUAUGUAUGCCUAUGUGUCACGCCGUCUGGAGAAGUUGUUUGGAAGAAGAUGCGGUAGAAACAUCUCAGCAUUUUCUUCUUGACUUUCCCGCGUUUGGUAGGUCAAGCCUUAGACACUUGGGGCGCAUACCUUCAGACAUCUUACCUUUGCAAAUUUGUAUUGACUACUAACCGUUUUGCCAAUCUGUAAGCCCGAACAUAGGAGUUCUUUGUUUCAAUGGCUUCACAAAGAACUACAUUUAUCAGUACACGUGCGAUCUCUCAUCAGCCAUCUAACCUAACCUAGUAGGUAGAGAAUAUUUAUAGUUCUUAGUGAAAAUCUAGAAUAGGCCUACAUUCAAUCAAACAUAUCUCAAUCCAUAUAUGUAUGUAUGUACUUGUGCCUAACAGCCUAAAAGCAUGCAACAUUAAAUUGCAGUAAAAUGAGUUUUGAAUAAAUUUACAAGUCGGGUUCGGAAUUUCAUUCGUUUUCCUAUUCGAAAAUUAAAUCGAUAUUCCGCCUUUAUUUUAUUCACAUAAUUGACUAGUUAAAAUGACGAAAGCAAUUUGAUGCCCUACAUAUGUACAUAUGUAUGUUUCCGCCAAAACCAUGAAUUAUAGAAUUAAAGAUUACGAAAGUUUUGUCCCGUCACUAUUUUGGAAUCCGUUUGACAGAAAGUACAUUAGUUGUUUCGUUAUGAGAAGCAGUACUUCCUAAUUUCAUUACUUGGUUAUCUUUCCAAAUAACAUAUGUAUGUAUGUAUGUAUAUACAAAUAUAUAUGGAUACAUAUAAUGUACAGGAAUCAUUAGCACUACAAACCCCGUUAAAAUAUACGUAAACUAUGUACAUACAUACAUAUGUAUAUUGAUCCAAUGCAUAUGUAUUUAUGCUUGUAAGUACUUAGUAACAGAGAGAGUCUAUAACUGUCUAUUAUUUUCACCAUUUCCCUAAGCAAUUGCAACAAACAAUAUUGUAUAAUACUUUUGUUAAGUUGUCUUGACCACUAAUCGAUUCACCGUGUGUGUUUUUCUAAGUAUCAGCUGCAGAGUUGAGUUGUGGAGCGAAUUAUUGCACUGAUCCGCUCACUUCAGAUUGACCAUAAACUGUUUUUACAGCUGCUCUUAGCUUUCGUUGCUUUCUUGACCUUGUCCACUCUGCAUUACUCUUCAUACACGCGUAUGUAUCUUAAAAGAAUCGUGUUUAACAACCGCAAAAAAAUAGUUUGGCAACAAAUAAGUGUGAACACAAAUUAAAUUGUUAAAAGAAAUAACGCAAAAUAAUCAAAAAUAAAAUAAAGGAGAAAGGAAAACGGAACAUUUUAAUUAAACCAUUAAAACUGCUUUAAUGCGGAAAGAAAAUUGGAUAAUGUCCUCGGCGGCGCAUUGUGAAGACAGCGAAUCCUUACACUAUGAAGAGCUCAAUGUCAUUGGCACAGGAGCCUAUGGAACUGUAUAUCGUGCAAAAGAUAAUCAAUCAGGAAAAAUUGUCGCUAUCAAAAAAGUUCGCAUACCUAUAACGGACAAUGGAGUUCCCAUGUCAACACUACGAGAGAUUGCUUUGCUGAAACAUUUAAAUGCCUCAGAUCAUCCAAAUAUUGUUAAACUAUUUGAAGUGUGCCAAGUUCUUGAACGUGAGGAUCAGUUGAUGGUACUUUUAGUCUUUGAACAUUUGGAACAAGAUCUGUCUGAUUUGAUUGAACGUCUUCCAAAAUCGGGAAUGCCACCAGUUACAAUACAGCGCUUAUCAUGUGAACUAUUAACCGGGGUGGACUUUUUGCACUCCCAUCGAAUUAUUCACCGUGAUUUAAAACCACAAAACUUACUCAUUUCUUCGCAAGGGCAUCUGAAAAUUGCAGAUUUUGGAUUGGCAAAAACAUAUGAUUUUGAAAUGAAACUAACUUCCGUAGUGGUGACACUUUGGUAUCGUGCACCUGAAGUCCUGUUGGCCCAAUCGUACAAUAGUUCGGUUGACAUUUGGAGUGUUGCUUGUAUCAUAGCUGAAAUGUUUUCACGCAAAGCUCUAUUCCCAGGCACAUCAGAAGCUAAUCAACUGGAUAGAGUUUUUGAGUUAACUGGACGACCCACAUCUCAACAGUGGCCCCAAUCAAUUUCGCUUUCAAGAGAACAUUUUCCACCCCGUCUUCCAAAACAACCAAAAGAGUUGUGUUCAAAUUUAUGUGAUUAUUCCAAUGAUCUAUUAAGUCAAAUGCUAUCAUACGAUUUUCGAUCACGACCCUCCGCAUUGGCAUGCUUAAAGCACGAGUACUUUAAACAGGAACCCAUUUAACAAUUUUCCCCGGUUAAUAAUAUUGUAAAUUUUAUAUAAGCUUUUUCAUAAAUUGUUAUAUUUUUCAUUAGCGAUUAUAGGAUUUUAAAAUUAGAACGUAAUUGUAAGAAAAAUUUACAUUUAUUUUAUAUUUAGAUAUUCUAUUAUAUGGUACAUACAAAUGAUGAAAUUGCAUCAUAUAUACACAUAUGAAAAUGAAAAUGUAACCUUAAUCUCAGAAACCUGUCAUUUAGAAAUAAUUUAUAAAAAUUUCUUGGUGCCCAUUUAUUUUUUUAAGUUUUUGGGAACGGUUGUCAAACCUAAAAGUGUUCACUAAGGCAUAUUUUAUCCAAGUUUUGGUGGCCUAAUCUUUGUCCAAAAAGGUGUGUUGUAAAUCAGUCAGCGUCUAGAAUAAAAAUAAUACCUUACUAAGAAGAUAA